AGUUGAUCAGUUCACCCCAUUGGGUCGCAUGUUGUACAAGGCACCAUCUGAUGGGAAGUGGGGAGAGCAUGAACUUGACUACCUACUGUUCAUUGUCCGGGAUGUUAAUGUGAAUCCAAACCCUGAUGAAGUUGCUGAUGUCAAAUAUGUGAACCGGGAUGAGUUGAAAGAGCUGUUGAGAAAAGCAGAUGCUGGUGAGGGGGCUUUGAAGCUGUCCCCAUGGUUCAGACUAGUUGUGGAUAACUUCUUGCUCAAGUGGUGGGACAAUGUGGAAAAAGGGACCCUCCAGGAAGCUGCUGAUAUGAAAACAAUUCACAAGUUGAUUUAAAAUCCCUUGUCUCCCCUCCCUAUGGGAUGCAGUGCGUUUGUUGGAUCAUGAUCUUCGGUUUCUUCAGACAAUAAAUUUAUGUUGCAUGCCGCUUUAGAAAAAAAAGGUUUUGCUGGCGUUACAAAUUCUGUUCUGUUCUUGCCCAAACAAAGUGUUGUCAUUUUGUUUUGUGGUCCUUAUGUUUUCUCUUUAAGUAGUUAUUGUGCUUCUAAUUUAGAUUUGAUCUAAACCUUUGAGAACACAAAAAAUAAAACUUUUUGUGGAAUGUGCAAUUGUAAGAUGAGUUUUAUCAUAUCAUUAUGGUGGUUUUUAUUUG